AUGUUAAUACCAUCAAAUAUUAAAUCUAUUUUUAAUAUAAAUGAAGAAGCUGAAGAAGCUAAUAAGAAAAUUGAUAUGAAUAUAAGUGACAAUAAAAUUAAUCUUAUUCUUAAUACUACAAAUGGAUCUAAAGAAGCAAAUAGAAUGAAAACUCAUCAUAUUUCAGUUGAAGAAUAUGAGAAAUGA